AUGUCCCGCCGCGCACCACCCCGCGAUCGUUACGACGACGAGGAAAUAUACGAAAUGGAGCGAGAACGCGAAAGAGACUACCGCCCGCGCCGACAAGAUCGCGAAUAUGAAAAUGACGUCGAAUAUAGGCGUCGACGCUCCGACCCACCGGUCGAGGACUUGGAGCGUUUACAUCUCCGAGAACGAGAGCGCCCCCGACGCGACUUCAUGGAAGAAAGCUUUGCGCACCCUAGAGAAAGAGAAGAAAUGAUGCUCAGACGAUCCAGAGAAGAGACUGUCAUUUCGUCGCCCGAGCGCCCUAUGCGUCGAAGUCGCGAGGAAGCAUACCCGCCACCCUCGGGGUCUCGGCGCCGACAUCACCCCCGAGAAACCGGCGAAGAAGAUCUUCGUUUUGAAGAACACGAGAGGCGUCGCGGAAGCAGAAGGCACCCCCGUGAAGUAGAAGAAGAUCUAAUUAUGGAGGAGAGAGAACGACACGGUGACCGGAGCCAUCGACCAGAGCGAGAAGUCGAAGAGGAUCUAUUUGAUGAAGAGGAAGUGCGCCAUGAAGGGAGACGUCGUUCGGACCGCGUGCCCGCAGAAGACUUCGUUGUCGAGGAAAGGGAACGACGUGGAGAUCGGAGACGUCGUCCAAAGCCAGAAUUUGAAGAAGAGAAUGUUCUUGUUGAGCGGGAGAGGCGCCGAGGAAGCAGACGUCACCCUCGAGAAAUUGACGAAGGUCUUAUUAUUGAAGAAAGAGAAAGACGCAGAGAACGGAGGCCAGCCCCGGACCCCGAAUUUGAGGAAGAUAUCCGUUUUGAAGAAAGAGAACGACGCAGGCCAAGCAGGCGACAUCCAGAAAGACGCUCUGAAGAUGAUCUUCUGUAUGAAACUGAGAAGCGCAGAAGCAGGCGCCGCCCAGAACGCAGAUCCGAGGAUGAUCUAAUCGAGGGGAGAGAAAUACGUCGGUCAAGCAGGAGACACCCCGAACGCAAAUUUGAAGAAGAUAUGAUAAUCGAGGAGCAAAGAAGACACGAUGAAGACAAGAUACGCCGCGAGAUCGAGGAAGACGAAGUGGUCAUUCGACGAAGAGGAAAAGAGCCACCCAUGCGCCGUGGAUGGGACAGCGAACAGGAUCUUCGACCUCACGACAGAAGAUUUGAAAUGGAGCGAGAUCAAGUACAAAUUCGCUCACGUCCCAGACCUCCGCCUCCUCAUGCAGUGGAAGUGGAAGAGGUCAUCUUGGAUGAAAGACCUGCGGAUCAACCUGGAGGCCCCAUGAACCGCCAAGAACGAGAAUUCGAAGACGACGAUGUGCUCAUCCGGUGGAAGGGCAAAGGUCGGCGGCCACCCAUCGCAGGCGAAGAUGAGGAGCUCGUCUUGCGUGAAAGACGAGAACGGCGGUCAAGCCCCCCGGUGGAAGAGCUCGAGCGUAAGCUGAGAGGGCUUCGUAAGGCUGGGAGAAGGGACGACCUUGUGGACGAGGAGAUGACAACCCGCUCCACAUUCGAUUCUAGAUCACGCCCCCGAGAUAUUGAAGCGGACGUGGAGCUCGAUGAAGAAAUUCGAAUCCGAAAGACCAAGGAAAAGCUUCCUUCACGCCCACCUUCACCUUCCAUGGAGUCAAUUCAUGUUCCUCCAAUUCACCAGGAUGUGUUCACACAUCACAGGCACAUUGAUCAUGGCUUUGAGAAUGAGCAUCUGCCUCAUGCACCGAGUCCACGUCUCCGAGAGAAAGGCAGCUUCGAUGAAAUCGAUAUUCAUCAUCGGAAAAAGCAAGGUGGGCGAAUGUCGGAGGAGGACAUAGUUAUCAAACACCGCAAUAGCGAGGAAUCACUUUCUCCGACAAGCCAUCCAUCUGUUGACUUUCAUGAUCCAUGGGAACAUGCCACGUCUGCCUCUCAUCGAGCUGAACCAAUCGACGAUGGAAUUGCAUCGCUAGCAACUGCGCGGUCAUUCAGCCGUAGCAGACAGGCCGCAUCUAGCAUUCAUGACCUGGAAGAUGAGAUCGAAAUCGACAGCACCGAGACCGAAAUUCGCGCCCCCAAGGGCCUGGAUGGAUGGUCUGCGGUCCAGGCUCUUACCCGCGAGGAAGCAAUCGAGAUGACAGGGGCUCUAGACGUUGUUGAAGUCAAACCCCGACGCAGUUCCGUGGAAGAAGCCGAGUCAGGACGAGUUGCUCAGCAAAUCAUGGAGCCGAAGUCUGCGCGAGACGACCGAUGGACUGAAAUCACUAAGAAGCUGGUAGUCAGAGAGGCGAUUGAAGACAUGGGCUAUGAGUAUGAAGAGAGCCGAGGAUAUUAUUAUAUCUUCUCUUACCUCAAGCCGGAGGACAUCGAUGAACUUGUGGAUUUGUCCGAUGCUAUUCGCAGUGCACGCCGCAGAAGAAUCACUGAGAUCCAGCGUGAACGCUCGUCGGUGGCACAACCCAUGCCCCGAAUGCGGCCACCCCAUAUGGGCCAUCCUCGCAUGGGAAUGCCCCCACAAGCACGUAUGAUGGAGAAGCCUGCUUCGCAACCCUUCAUCUGUCUUUUGCCUGUCUACAAUCCCUUCUCCUCAUCUUCGUUUGUGCCUGUGCUAAAUCACAGCAAGAUGUCGAACACAGAGCCAGAUGAUUUCUUUGGUCGUCUUUCGCCGAGCAGCGACGAUGGCCUAGACCUACGCCGCUCCACAACCGUCAUACGCGUGAAUGAUGAACGCUUCAACAUUCCAUCCCACCAACGAAAGCUCCUUCUUAGCAAACUCAAAGAAGUAUUGAAAGGCGCAAAGGUCACUGUCCCAUUUUGGGCAUGUGUCCAAGUUUGCGACCUGAGUAAGCUUGAGUUCACCGCACACAUGGCAAACCUGUCACCUUCGAUGAUGGAGACUCUAACCGAUCUUGUCGCCAGCCUGCCUUACAAGUGGACACAAAGAUUGUCCCCUUACGAUGAAUUUGAAACCGAAUCAACAACCUCAUUCGAUGAUCCCAAAUAUGCCACUGCUCCACUCGCCAAGGACAUUGCCAGAGAGCGUGAUGGUUACAAAUGUGUGAUCACUGGUGCCGGCAAGGUCUACCAGACAGCCCGCAUCUUUCCCGUUCUGGUUACCAAGUCUCCUGGGGUUGUUGCUCCAGCCUUUCCGAGCAUUUGGAAGUAUGUGGACUUCUUUUGGGAUCACGAUACCGCUGAACGUUGGAAGAAAGCCGUCUUCAACAGUUCCUUUGAUCCUGAGCGUCCAGUAAAUGAUUGCACCAACCUUAUCUGUCUUCGGAAUGAUUUGCGUACCGCGUGGGUGGAUGGAUUGUUUGCACUGCGCCCAGUCUCGGUGUCCGAUGACAAGACCGAAAUGGAAAUUGAAUUCCACUGGCAGCCACGCGUUGGCCAUGCAACAUCUGACAUGGUCGAUGUGACCAAAGAACCUCCUCCCUCGAAGGAUAUCAGUAGCGUCGAGAACCUCCUCGUGGUUGUGCCUGAUCAAGAGAACAAGAACUCCUUUCAUCCCAUCCAGUCCGGUCAUCGAUUCAAAAUUAAAACCCACAACCCCGUGGAUCACCCGCUGCCUAGCUUUGACCUGCUUGAUAUGCAAUGGAAUUUUACUCGCAUUGUCUCCAUGUCUGCGGUCGCCGAUACCUUUGAUGACGGGGAUGAUGACGAUGACGACGAUGGCAGAACCACAGUACAGCACGACUACAACUACGACUACUGCAAUUCCCCCAAGGAAUCCGGAGACCGACUCAUCGGCGAUUGGCUUCGGAGUGCAGGCUCCAAGAAAUUGAACUCUGACGAGGAUGAUUCCCUUCCCGAUUCAGAUUUCUACUACGACGACACCAGUGAUACGAUGUCGAUGACCGGCCCGCUGCCUGGCAAGUUUGGCCUCCCGCUCCCCGGCAAGCGCAGCACGAUCCAGGGGCCAGUGAACUAUGUUGAGGACGUCCCCGAGGAGAUCGCCCGGAUGAGCGCCUUCCCCCGCUUUGAGCCCCGGCAGCGGACUGUGAGCAUGACUUCGGUGGGCUCUGAGUUCUCCUUCGCUGAUAUGUCGAUGGCGCUCGACAACGGGGAGGACAAGAAGGACGAGAAGGGCGAGAAGGUUGAGAAGGGUGAUGGCGAGGAAGCCAUCUAA